GAGGCACCGCCAGAACAGGGACCACGUGCCGGGAGAGUGGAAGCUGUGUGUAUCGACUGCGAUGGCGAACGCCUCAUCUCCGGGUCCACCUCCGCUCGCAUAAUCCUCCUUCCCCGCCUCCAUCCCCAGGGAAAGUGGGUACGUACAUCAGAGACGUCGCAUAUCGCCGAUCUAUACACCUCUGACGGCAUCAAUCGUACCAGCGUCAGAAGCUACUUCGCCAGUCGUCUCGAUAUCCCAGUCCGCACUUGGCAGGUAGCUCCGGAUCGUGCAUGGACGGCUGCCGCAUCCCGCAAUCCCUUGGUCUCCUUCCUCCACUUCAAUACACGACCCCUUAUCAACGGCAUCGUUACCAACGAUGAUGACAUCGCCAUGAAAGCAGAGCUUUAUCGGACGUGCCCUGGCUCUGUCUUUCUCGCUCGUGGUGAUGGGAAGCCGCUGCUUCCGGAACAUGUCGAGGCCAUCGCCGCCUUCGCCCGCUUCGUGAUCCUGCCGCGCGCACAACCCCUUGGCGGAUACGACCAAGCCGACUGGAGCAGACCGGAGGAUAUCGUCGGGUCGUUGGAGAUCGUAGCGAGGUUGGCUGAGAUGUACCGUGUCUCGGGACAAGAGGAUUUGAACCAAGCCAGCGUCCGGGCACGCAUCGAGCCGAGAGUCUUCAAGAAGUUCUGGGAGCUCUACAAGCAGCAGAAAGGAUGGGAGGGCGUGGUAUCUCCCUAUGAUGUCUAAUCUUCAAGUUCUAGUGGCCUUGGUGUGGAUAGGCGGCAUUCAUGGAUAUGAAAUAAAAUUGGUUGAAGUCAUAAUUUCCCAGGCUUCAGUUUUGCCCGUCUGAUGGCACCGUAAGGAGUGUCCCAGCCUGCAGAUUGCUGGCUAGUCAAAAAAUAGUCUGAUAUGUAACACAUCGGCCUUUACAUCGUAUCUAGAGUCUGAGAAAUCCAUAAGUAAUAAAUAGGC